AGAAACUUGGCAUGUGGUGAUGUGUGUGGGCGCAUCGAGUGUGUCGCGUGAUAAACACGUGGGUACCUCUGUCCUUACUCACGACCCCCCAUGAGUCACCAACAACACCAUGAGUACUCGCUGCCCGCAGAGCUCUGGACCAUAGUCUGGUCUCAUGCCUCCCGUCGUCAGCUGUGUAGACUCGCUCUCGUCUGUCGUCUCUUCCGCGCGAUCGUACAACCUGCACUCUUCCGCAGGAUCGAAACAACGAUCAAAGACCUCUGGUUUGAGCCGAAGCGAUGGGUCGAAGUCACCCAGCAUCUCUGUCGCAUCGCAGCGCAAUACCGUGCUCUUCCUUGUGGAGCGCUUGUGGAGGAGGUUGCCGACAUCACAUUCAGAGGAAGCAGCGAUGGAUACAGGUGCUAUGAUGGGCGCUUUCCCUGGAUAACGAAUCUGGAACUUCUCAUCCAAGCCUACGGGCGCGCAUUCACCAGCUUCCGCAACUCUCUACCUCAUUUCAGGCACCUCAGAGUCUUGGAACUGUCGUCGAUUACGGUCGAUACGUCCCUGCGCCAGAUAUUGGGAUCCGUGGAAUCCCUCAAGACCCUUCGGCUGUGGCGAUGCGAAAUAGACCCGCCGUGUGGCCAGCUUCUUCUCUUGGAGAAUUUUACCCUGCAUCAUCACGAAUACUACGGACGGGGGAUAGAUCCCGAACCUGUCGUGACAAUCUGCGCUCCGGAGCAGCUUCGCGAGCUGAAGAUGAAUGUGCCUCGAGUGCUUUUGAACGGAUUCCUGAGCCUGGGCGUGACUUUCACGCGUCUCCAAACCUUGAUCGUCACUGAUUGGCCUAACGAGGACUUGUUCUUCCCAUUUUUGCGGAUCUGCCCCAAUGCCACAGAGUUGCGCAUACAGUGCGGGAGCUGGAGCCUAUCCCCUUCUAUCCGGCAGGACCCAGAAGGCGGGAAACUGCUUCCGAUGCUCUCCUCGCUAUCUGCACCACAUUCCUGGGUGCGAUAUUUCGCACGGAGCGCUCCGGGCCGCGAUAUGACGGAAGUGAACCUACGUGGCCUGCACUGGGAAAGCAAUGCGCCGGAUCCAUUCUCGCCGUAUCGAGACACGCUUGAAGUGCUGCAUCAGUGCGACAUUCCCCUGCGCACACUCAGAUUCACCCUUGCAACAUGGAUGCUUCCGGAGCUGAUCCGCACGGUCAGCGGCUAUUGGCCCGGUCUGUGUGCGCUCGACAUCAUUGCCUGGGAUCAAUGGGGAUUCUCGUCUCGGAACAGUGGAUUUGGUGAUCAUGGCCCUCAAAUUCACUCCCCGUCCCAAGGAUCUCCGGAUCUUCGCACCGUUGAUCUCGACUCGGACUAUACUGCACCAGAGGCUGAUACCAUUUCACGUCCGCCGACACCUCAUCAGAUUAGCUAUCCUUCAGUUCAUGCGAUGAAGCCCAGCCAUUAUUCUCAGUUGUUUCACCAUGAAGGUGUCCAGAGACGAGAAGAGCGCCAGGAGCCUGCCUGCUUCGAGUCACUUUUGACACUGAUAAAAGCGGGUGGAAUCGAGUUUUCGCCGUCUCUCGAGUGCCUCGUGUUGGCUUCCCUGCAUUUGGCUCGCUGCCAUGACGAGCCGGCCGAUAUUAUCACCAGCCACGAUCUCUAUCCCACUCCACUUGCUCACGACGUGAUCCGUUUACUUGGAGCUCAGCUGCCUGCGCUGCAGAGAUUACAGCUUGGUGAUACCCAAAGAUGGUGGACUCGUGACGCGCGUCGACAUAAGAAUGCAUGGUGGGACGGAAUCGUCAUCAUUUGAUCAUCGGAUGCCUUGGUUUUUUCUUCUAAAAAACGCACCGUGUGUCACUCGUUGAAAUCGUUACCGACGAAUAAUCAGAUUAUCAGUAAUCACUAUUCUGGCUAAUUUCAACAUCAAGUCACACGUGAUUAUGACCGGAAACUUUUGUUCGCUCUCGCUUCGAUUCGCUGUGUCGAGCGAAUUAGGCGCUUUUUUCUUAAUCAAAUUCUGAUCCAGACUUGAGCUGC